AUGUCUUUACCAUAUAAAAUCGCAAGAGGAGGAUUUGGUACAGUUUAUUGUGCUAAUUCAAUAACUUUAGAAAAACCUGUUGCAUUAAAAAGUUUACAUAAAAAUGACGAAUUAUUUUAUGAAAAAUUUGUGAAAGAGUUAGCAAACAUCAUGGCUGUAAAUAAUCAUGACAAUAUUAUUAACUACUAUGGAGUCAGUAUAGAUCCUUUAACAGAGACGUAUUACCUAGUAUUGCAAUAUGCUAAAGAUGGUAACUUGAGGACUUAUUUACAAAAUAAUUUUGAAAGUCUUGAUUGGGAAAUUAAAAUCAACAUGGCUAAAGAUAUUACAAGUGGUCUACGCUGUAUUCAUGAAGAAAAUAUACAUUCAAAGAACAUUUUAGUUCAUGAAAGAAGGUUAUUGAUAACCGAUUUAGGUUUAUCUCAACCAUUAGAUACCAAUUCAAAUUCUAUGCCUGGUGGAGUGAUCGCAUACACUGAUCCUCAAUAUUUACGAGAUCAAAUGAAAUACAAAAGAAAUAAACCUUCAGAUAUAUAUAGUUUGGCAGUUAUUUUUUGGGAGUUAUCAAGUGGAAUACCUCCAUUUAAUAAUAUUCCAUAUUUCGAAAUAUAUAGAAAAGUUACUUCCGGUGAAAGAGAAAAACCUAUUAAUGAAACACCAAAAGAUUAUAUCGACACAUAUACAAGUGCAUGGGAAAAUGAUCCAAAUAAAAGGCCAACUAUUAAAAAUAUUCUUGAUUCUCUUGAAAAUAUCAAAUUAGAAAAUAUAUAUGACGAUUCUAAUGACAAUCAAGAUAUUCAAUUAGAUAUAUUGUAUGAUGAUUCUAAUGACAAUCAAUUAGAAGCUUCAAUGAACGAAUUCAGUAGAGAUUCCAUGUCUAUUAAUUCUUUAUCUGCUACAGUAUCGUCUCCUCCACCCCAAAGUCGCAAAACAAAAUAUCGUAAAUGUGAGACUGAAUAUUCAUAUCACGGUCCAACCUCUAUAAUAAAUUAUCAUUUAUGCGCGCAUAAUAUUGAUGUGUCUAAUUAUUCAGAAAAUCAAAAUCAGCAAUCGCAAGACUUAGAGCAAAAAAAUCUGGAUAUAUUAACUGUUGAAGAAGA